UUCGGAUCACAAAAGCCUCGAUCUCGUUCCUUCCCCUUGGUUCCCAUCUCUUAUCUCUUCCCUUCCCUUCCCUCUGUCUCCAGUCCAAUAUGAACUUUGGAGGAGCACCCAAGAGGCACACCCCAACUCAUCCUCCCUACGCCGUGAUGAUUGCCGCCGCAAUCCGAUGCUUGGCCGAGGAGGGAGGCUCGUCGGAGGCGGCGAUAUCCGAGUACAUCCGUGCCAACUACGACGACAUCCCGUGGGCGCACGACAGGCUCCUCCCCUACUACCUCAACAAGCUCACCGAACAGGGAGAGUUUGUCGUCGGCUCGCCAGGCCGGUACAUGACGGCCUACGACGAUGGGCCGCCUGGUGACGCGCCCCGGACGUCGAAGCCUGCACCUGCUCCAGAACCAUUGGAGCCAGUUGCCGCCGCCGAGGCCAGGAGCCACGCGGCUGAUGCUGGUGGAGACGGCUUCCCGGUGCGCAGGCGCCGAGGACGGCCGCCAAAGAGGAGGAGAAGAGAUGGCCCUGGCAGCCAACACGGACCAGAAGAUUGUGGUGGAGAAGGUGGUUCCGUGGUGCGUAGACGCCGAGGACGGCAGCCUCGGAAGAGAAUUGAAGCUGAUGUCUCACAGGACGACGGAAACAACUGCGGCGAUGCCGGCUCCUCGGAUCUCGCAGAAGCACCACCAUCGUUGCAGCCGACGCACGCCGAGGCUCUGCCCCCUGAACCAAACAUCGUCGUCGACGGAACGGAGACCGUGCUCGCACUGCCAUGCGCAGGGCCAUCGAGGGCCGAUGACGAUGAAGAUCCUCCAUCGAUGGCUCCAUCAACGGUGGCCGAGGACGAAGCAGAGGCAAUAAGAUUACCAAAUGAAGAGACCAGCAACCAUGGCUCCUCAGUCGCCAAGCGCCGCCGUGGCCGACCUUCCAAACGCAAGCCAAGUGUUCGAUGA